AUGGCAUUCGAUAAUAAUAAUACCAUUGAUAUUCCAAAUACGAUCGACACCAUGUCGACUCACAAAGAAGAUGAUAGUCCACAGCAGCAAAUUAACGAACAGUCAAUAGCCGCACAAGAGCUUGAAAAGAAUCGGGAAUCUUUGAAACGGAAAUUACAAACACGGCGAUCGCUGAAACAACUUGUCGAUGUGGGGAUCAUGCCGCCACCAAAAGCGCCAUUGCCUUAUUUCGAACAACGUAAACAGUUACAAAUGCGAAAAACGCAAGAUAUUUUGAAAAACAAGAUCAUCUCUCGUCCUGAUCGCCAAUUGUUGAUUGAACAUAAUAUUCUGUCAGAUACAACAGCUGCACCUGCUAUACAAAAAACCCAACGCCAAUUAAAACGGGCACGUUUAGCUGAUAAUUUAAAUGAUAAAUUAGCAGCACGUCCAGGUGUUCUCGAAUUAGUCGCUAACAAUAUUUUAGAAAUCGAUUCCAAUCUUAAAGAAGCUAUUCAAGGUGGACUAAUCAAAUUUCCAAGUACAAAAUCAACAUCCACUCCGAUCGUAACUACAACGACUACUCCUCCAAGCACAUCUGUGUUCUGUUCAACAGAUUCUCAACAACAACGACCACUUCGUCCAAAAACAUCAUCAUUUUCCAACACAAUCAAUGGGCAACUAAUAGCUACUCCAGCUACGACUAGCACUGUCACGACCAGCGCUACGAAACGCUUGUUAACAUCGACGUCAAAAGCGAAAUCGAGUUUAACGUUUCAUGAAUACAAAGGGCCAUCUCGAAAAGCUGAAGUUACCAAAGUACCUUUACAACCCACGCCAUCCCUAAUCGUACAACCGGUUCAAGCGACGCUUGUACCAUUCGUACCGUUAGAGCAUAACAAUACACUGAAUGAGAACCAUUAUCGCAUACAAUUACGACAGCAGCAAUUGUUUCUCGAGCUUCUUCAUGAUACUAAAUCAGGAGAAAACGACGAUGAAAAUAGUCAACAUGAAAUACGUCACGAGGACAAUCUUAUUGGAAAUCUUCUUCAACAACCGAUCGAUGAGAGUGUGAAUAUUUUAUCAGCAAUAACUGAUGAUAUUCAAAUGUUUGAGAAAAUGAAAGUAACCGAUUUGAGGAAUGAAUGUAGACGGUUAAAUUUGAGUACCACGGGCACAAAAAUGAAGCUAAUUGAAAAAUUAAGAAAUGCAAAAGUUAAAAUGUCAGAUACAGCAAUUGUUCCAUCGCAAGCGAUGAACACCGAAUCACCCUUUACCCAAAUAACAAAUGCAUCGCCUUCACCUCUUCGACUUAUAAUUUCCACUUCAUCGUUGAGUGAUCAAGAGCUCUACCAACAGCAACAACAGAAAAUUGUAGAACUAGAAAAUCAGUUACAAAAAAUGAAGCAACUCGAUUCAUCUUCACUUCAAGCAUCACAUGUUCUCCAACAUACAGACAACACAACAGCAACGAAUAUCCCACCGAAAUGCAAUCCAAUUCUAUGCGUUCAAAUUCAAAAACGAAUUCUCAUGGAACAACAAGCAAAGCUAAAGCAGAAGAUUCAUGAUGAGCAGAGUCAACAACAACAACAGCAUUCCAUUGUUCCGUUAACUCCUGAAUGUGUUGCAAGAUUUUUGGAAAAUCAAACUCAGUCACAAACCUCAACUAAUCACCCAUGGUCGAUACACCAUUCGAUAUCUGCUCCAACAUUGCCAACCUACAUGGAUAGUAAUUAUCACGACACAUAUCUAUCGGGACAUACAGAAAGUAAAAUUGAUGACGAUGUGAUACUCAGUAUACUGGGUGAUUAUACAGCUUCUAGCUCAACACUACCACUAUCUACAGAUGAUUCUCUAUCCAAUCCAACGAACUCCUGUAUAUCUUCAUCUCCUUCCACGCACAUGGAUUGGAUGCCAAUGACAUCUCCGACAAUAAUGAGCGAGUUUUACGAUGAUAACAAUCCUGAUUUUACACAAUUCCUUAAUCAAUUCGGUAACGAUCAUCAUCUGCUUUUCGAUUCAACCUUAUCAACGUGUCAGCAACAGAAUACUCUGUCGUUCGAUUUGCUUUCGCCGUCAAGUCCAAUGAUUUGA